CGAGCCUCUGUUGUGAUAUUACGGAUACGCCGGAUAGUCCGAAGGAUUCUAAGCUCCAUGAGAACGUGACAAAAACUAUAAAGACACUGAGAAGUGUAGGCACCAUGGACUCGCCCUUUGAAGGACGACGUAGCAUCUGGUUGCUUCUCUAGCUUAUCUACAUAGCUCUUCUUCGCCAGCGUCCGGUGUAUUGAUACAUUACCAGCCAGCCUCAUCACCCUAUCACGCAAGAUGAUGCCACCAUUGAUCACCCUAGAGGAACACUACCUCUCUCAAAAUGUCCGCAAGCAUCUCGCAGACACCGGUCGCAAAGAUCCCUACGCCGACUUUCCAGCUCCCUUGAUAGACAAAUUGACCUCGCUCGGCCCAGAUCGACUUUCUGCUCUCGACACUGGCAAUGUGUCAAUCCAAAUCCUUUCGCACAGCCCCUUGAAUGCAUCUCCUGAAGAAUGCCAUACGACCAACGAUAAUCUAGCUUCCGCGAUUAGCAAUCAGCCACGGUAUGCAGCUUUUGCCCUUUUGCCUAUGGCAUCUCCAUCUGCCGCGGCCGACGAACUCGAGCGCUGCAUCAGAGCGCACAAGUUCGUUGGGGCCCUGAUCAACAACCAUUGUAAUGGUACAUUCUAUGACGGCGAGGCAUAUCGUCCUGUCUUUGCUAAAGCCGAGGAGCUCGACGUGCCGAUAUACAUACACCCGACUUUCGCAGCCGAUGAAUGGAUGCCGCAUUACCGCGGCAACUUUGGUGAACAGGCAGCACAGAUGAUGAGUAUAGCAGCCUGGGGUUGGCACUCUGAGACCGGACUGCAUAUCCUUCGUCUCUGGGCUUCUGGACUCUUUGACGAAUUUCCAAAGCUGAAGAUUAUCAUUGGACAUAUGGGUGAAAUGCUUCCUUAUCAGUUGGACCGUAUCAUCUCGACUUCCUCUUGGUGGGCGCCGGACAAUAGACGUGGUCUUGAGCAAGUCUGGAAGGAGAACUUUUGGAUCACUACUUCUGGAAUGUUCAGUCUUGCCCCGCUUAGUUGUUUGCUGAGGAUGUGUGCAAGUGACAGGAUCCUGUACUCCGUCGAUUACCCGUUCAGUGGCAACGAGAAGGGGCUGAAGUUUGUGGAAGAGAUCGAGGCAAGUGGAAUGAUGAGUGAGGAAGAGCUCAAAAUGUUUUGCUACAAGAAUGCCGAGAAACUGCUUGGUGUCAAGGUGUCGAAUUGAUAAAGCACACGUGCUCGCGUUGCUUCACGUCCGUCACUAUACGCUUUCACUACCAAUUCUCCGCUCCAAACUUUCAUUCGCUCUUGAAAUAUAUCUCCCUCCAUGUUCAAUUCCAAGAUCUAAAACCGACAUGUCGCAACCAAUGCUCAAAUCAAUACUCAAACCGCAAAAGACCACCACUACGCCAGCAAACAUGACCGCCGAAGACAAAAACUUCUUGAGCCUCCGCGUCCAGAUCCUCGAAAACUACCGCUAAUUUCACCCAGAGCACCGUGACGUCCGACUCGUG